AUGUCCUCGACUGAGACGUCAACAGGCGAGUCGCCUGUAAAACGCGAGGCAACGGGCACCCCAUACGACGAGAAAGCGGACAACCAUGUACCUUCGAGGCUCUCGGACAGUCCAACGCCCAUGUCUGACUACGAUGAGCAAGAAUUAAGAAAGGAACACGAAGGCAAGAAUGGCAAGGACGCGGAGUCGGAUGAGAGUGAGGAAGAGGAAGAUGAUGAAGCAGAGUCCGAAGAGGAGGAAGACGAGGAUGAGGAUGAUGAAGACGAAGAAGAUGACGAGGAGCCCGCCUUGAAAUACGAAAGGAUAACGGGAGAGAUACCUGACCUGCUUAAGAAGGACUCUGCUUCUGCGCUUUGCGUGUCCAACAAAUUGCUGGCUAUGGGCACUCAUGCCGGUAUCAUUCACAUUCUGGACAUAACUGGAAAGCGGAUAAAAUCCUAUAAGCCUCAUCUGGCGUCUGUUGUAGAUAUCUCCAUGGACGCGACGGCCGAUUUCGUGGCUACAGCAUCGAUAGAUGGACAGGUCGUAGUCCGCUCUCUUUCGACACCAGAGCGAUAUUCAUUUGACAUGAAGAGGCCUAUGCGAACUGUGGCUAUGGAACCUGAUUUUGCGAAGAAAGGAACACGAGCAUUUGUAUGCGGUGGUUUAUCUGGAUCUCUGGUUUUGCGCGAAAAAGGCUGGCUAGGGCACAAGGAAACUUUGCUUCACUCGGGCGAAGGGCCGAUCUGGCAGGUAAAAUGGAAAGGGAGGCUUAUAGCUUGGGCAAAUGACAAUGGUGUCAAAAUAUACGACAACGUUUCUCAAACACGGAUAGCCUUCAUCGACCGACAGGCAGAUAGCCCUCGUGCCGACCUAUUUAAAUGCACGCUUCAUUGGCAAGACAACUCCACCCUCCUCAUUGCAUGGGCCAACUUCAUCAAGGUUGCUCGAAUACGAGAACGGCCACGGACCAACACAGCGCAAAAUAUUGCCAAUGCACCACCUCUUAUCGUCGAAGUCACGGCCGUGUUCCAACUUGACUGUAUGGUAUCAGGAAUCGUCCCCCACCCCACCCCUGUCCCCGCUUCCAUGAUCAUCGACGGACUCCCAACUUCUCUAAAACCUGAUGGUUCGAUUCAAACGCACCCUCAAACCCUUACCUCCUUUCUCAUUGUGGCAUACACGCCACCAGAAACCUUUGACGACACGGACGAAAUCACCGACGACCGACGACGGCAGGCCCGCAAGGCGGCUGAACGCCCUGAAAUGCGGAUCAUUUCUCGUGCGGGUGAAGAACUCGCCACGGACGCGCUUAGCGUGGCGGAUUACCACCUGUGGGGGUGUAACGACUACACGGUGGUGGAGGUAGCGAGUUCAGAUGAUCCCUUGAUUCGUGAUGCCGAUCGGUCCUAUGUGGUGAUGAGCCCGCGAGAUCUUGUACAUGUUAUGCCGCGAGAUAAAAGGGACCAUGUUGAGUGGUUGGUUGAGAGGCGACAGUAUGAGGAGGCGUUGUCCGCCGUUGAAACGAUUGAGGCGGAGGAAGCCGUCACGGGUUUUAAAGCCCCUGAAAGCCAGGGAAAGGCACAUUUAACUUCACAGGAUAUUGGGCAGAGGUUUAUUGAACAUCUCGUACAGGAAGGCGACUUUGUCAAAGCCGCAAGACUGUGUCCCAAAGUUUGUGCCCAAGAUGCCAAAAGAUGGGAAGAUUGGAUAUUUACUUUUGCGCAUAGGAAACAACUCCACGCAAUUAUCCCAUACGUACCCAAAGAAAAUCCGCGACUGGACCAUGUCAUUUAUGAAAUGAUGCUCGCAGAUUUCUUGAAACACGAUCGGAAGGCUCUUCUGCAAACAAUCAAAGAUUGGCCUAGAGGACUCUAUGAUAUAUCAGCGGUCAUUGUCGCCGUUCGUGCUGAACUUGACAGAACGGCAUCAACGUCGUCAACAAUAUCGUCAAGCGGAGAUUCGACUAUUCUCAUGGAAUGUCUCGCCGAAUUGUACACCGCAAAUCGUCAGCCCGGGAAGGCACUGCCAUUUUACCUUCGCCUUCGCAAGUCCAACGUGUUCGAUCUCAUUCGCGACAACAAUCUUUUUACGGACGUGCAAGAUCAGGUGUUAUUGUUAGUCGAGUUCGACCACGAGUUGAUUCAAAAGCGUAAAGAAAGUUUGGGCAAGGGCGAACAGCCUGAUGUCAACGUUCAGAGUGACGCCAUCACUCUGCUCGUGGACAACUUACACUCCAUCCCAAUUAGCAGAGUGGUUCAGCAGCUAAAGCAGAGACCUUACUACUUGUUCCUUUAUCUGGAUGCCCUUGUACACAAGGAUGCACAGUUGGUCACAGAUUUUGCGGAUUUGCAGGUCAAAAUGUAUGCGGAGUUCGCGACAUCUCGUCUUAUUGAUUUCCUGAGAGCCAGCAGUUCAUACAAUCUUGAGAUGGCCUACAAAGAAUGUCAAGAACGCGAUCUAGUUCCCGAAAUGGUUUUCUUGUUAGGACGAAUGGGCAAUAACAAGAAGGCUCUCAAUCUGAUCAUUGAACGACUUGGCGAUGUCCAUCGAGCUAUCGAUUUUGCAAAAGAGCAAAGUGAUGACGAUCUAUGGGAGGAUUUGCUAAAAUAUUCCGAGACUCGACCAGCAUUCAUACGAGGUCUUCUAGAGAACGUUGGGGUUGAAAUCAGUCCUAUUAGACUGAUUCGGCGGAUUAAGAACGGACUGGAGAUCCCUGGGUUGAAGGAAGCGUUGAUCAAGAUUUUGCAGGAUUUCCAUCUGCAGAUAUCACUUCUGGAGGGAUGUCAGACAAUCCUGGACGGUGAUAGUUCAGACUUGUCGAGGAAGCUGCAGAGAAACCAGUCGAGCGGGUUCUUCCUAUCUUCCACAUCUAAAUGUACACUCUGCCUGCGUCCUCUACAAGACUCCCCGCCAUCGCUUAUGUUCCUUUUCCUAUGUCGACACGUUGUUCAUUCCACUUGUGUCAGUGGCGCGGAAGAUCUUCCACUUCCAACGCCAGAUCCAUACUUCUCCUCAACCUCCGAUAUAGAUGGUGGAAUGUCGCGGGGGAUUAGUGGUGCCAUCGCAUUCGAAACGAUGAUAAGAUCGCGGUUACGUCGUGGAUGUCCGGUUUGUCAUAAGAACGGCGAAGGACAUUAG